GUGCGUACGGGCCGCAGUGGACGCCGCGCGGUCGCCAUGCAGCUGACGGUGAAGGCGCUCCAGGGCCGCGAGUGCAGCCUGCAGGUGUCGGAGGACGAGCCGGUGUCCGCGCUGAAGCAGCUGGUGGCGGAGAAGCUGAACGUCCCCGUGCGCCAGCAGCGGCUCCUGUUCAAGGGCAAGGCCCUGGCAGAUGGGAAGAGACUCUCCGAUUACAGCAUCGGGCCCAAUUCCAAGCUCAAUCUAGUGGUCAAACCUCUAGAGAAGGUGUCGCUGGAAGAAAGUGCUGCCAGGAGGCCCGGUGAGGCCCCGCCUGCACCCCCACCCGCCUGGCCGCUGGUGGCCAAAGUGCUGGCCCGCCACUUCAGCGCGGCAGAUGCCAGCAGAGUCCUGGACCAGCUCCAGAGGGACUAUGAGAGGUCUCUGAGCCGCCUGACCCUGGAUGACAUCGAACGCUUGGCCAGCCGCUUCCUGCACCCUGAAGUGACGGAGGCUGUGGAGAAGGGGUUCCCCAAAUAGGAUUCUCCGGGCGUGGGGAGGCGUCCCAUCAGGCCGCCAGCUGCAUGUAGCAUUAAAUGUCUUCUCCUCUGGCGAUGUGGCUCGUGGUGACGAUAGCCGCCGGGCCCCUGGGCCUGGCUCUCCAUAGGUGCCAGGCGCCACUCAGAGUUCUUCAUCUGGGGUUGCUCCCUCAGGCAGCACAAAAGGUGAGACAGCGAGGCCACGGGGAGCGAGUGGGGGUGCCCGACCUGAGUCCUGCCAGUGUCUAGAAGUGCCUCAGGGUGAGAAGGGGAAAGGGACUCUGGAAGGCUCCAAGAGAUGGGCUUGGGAUUUCGACUUGAGCCCACAGAGUAUAAACCCUCGCAGGGCGCCUUCCCAAGAGCGGAGCAGCAGCUGGCCCCUGCUGCCCAGCCCCAUCACCUGACCUUGCGCAGGAGGCCAAGUGACGCUCAACCCGGGGCCCCCACAGCAGCAGCUGCCUGCGCGCCCAUGGAAAAGCAGGUUGGGGCAUCAGGGGUGUACAUGGGCCCAGACAAGUUGACUCUGCCUCACUGCGAGGGCCACAGCUUAAACCCCAGUUUCCUUCGCCCCUCCUCCAGCUCAGACCAGGGGCUCCGCACCCACCCCCUCCUCCUGUUUCAUACACAAACAGGCCUCGAGCAGCGCUCCAGCCAGGCAUGGCGCAGAGACGAGGCGUCCUGGCUCCUGGCAUUGCAGCAGCCCCUGGGCGCCUCCUCUGCCUGUCUUCUCCCGGACAGGGGCUCUUCUCGCCGCUCAGGUGGCAGGUGGCUGACAUGAGGCCACUCCGCAAGCGGCUCCCCAGCUCAGCCUUGGCGCCCCUGCCGGCCCACAGCACGGAGUGGGGCGCUUCUCUGCCGCGUGCGUGGACAGGGCUUCCACUGGGCGCAGCCCUCACUGCCUGAGAGAGCUCGGGAUGCGGGGGUAGGCAGAGCAUAGACUGGGCAACCCCAGUUCUCCCCCUGCGUUGUGCGGGGGCACCAGAGGCCAUGUAGGCGCCUGUUCCUCUUCCGAGGGCACCCCGGGCAGCAGAGGCUGGAAGGGAGCCGCUGCGCAGGACGCCAGGAAGACGGACAGACGCGCGGCAGUCGAAGGCUUCAACGAACAGAUGAAGCCCUGGCCUCCCCAGGGCUGGGCCCACCUAGCCGCGGCCGGGCAGCUCAGCGACUUCCCAGUGCUUUUCUUUUGAGUCAGGAAAUGUGUGUUGAAAUUUCAGGUAGCUCUAAAGGUGAGUGCGAACCUUUGACUUCUAUCCGGAAGAAACUAUGCCAGGCGCCUUCUGGCCUCCAAUGACUGGUUCCUCCAUAGAGGAAACUGUUCAACAAUAAAGGAAACGGAUUGGCUCACAAGGCUGAGAAGUCCAAGGGUAUUGGCAGAUGCGCUUUUCACCAAGUACCUGGUUUCUUCCUACCUCCCCUCUGCGUUCUGUGGUGCCUGCAUCGUCCGGCUUAGGGACCCAGAGACAGCCGCCUGCCGGUCCCCCAGUGCCCGCCGCGGUGAGCUGCUUGCUCAGAUGCCCAGCAAAUAAAAGCUGUCCUCUCAGUGCUCAGAAGGGGGCUGUGCCUGCAGUCAUUGGCGCCUGGGCAGGGGUGAGCAGGAGAACAGCUCUGGUCUGGCGGAGGUUGUGCGCGUAGAGGGGCAGUCAGAUUUGGGGAGAGCUGAACGGUGGCCCCAAACAGCAACUCUGCUGCAGGGGAGCGACAGCCCGGAGCCUUCCAGACACACUCUGGAGAUGGUC